AUGCCCUUUGAAUUCGUCGACAAUACUAUAAUUGAUCACAACACGAGAAAGUUGAUCCGCAGUCAAGCGGCGAAGGGGCGGAAUGUCGGCAAAAAACACCCAUCGCGGGGGAGAAGAGCCGCAACCAAAGCUGAUAUUGCUAAAUCUGAUUAUAAAACCAAACAGUUGGUCUCUCAGCACCAUCGCACGGCAUUACCUACGAUAGAGCCUCAAGUUGGUGACAGCUUAUCCGUUUCCUCCCUACCAGUUGAGUCAACCCCUGGAUCUAGAACUCUUGUUCAGAAAGCCUUCGCAUUCCUUAUCAGCGUCCCUCAUAUGCCCGGGCUCGGCAAUGUCAUUGAUUUUUCUGUGGCUGGUUCGAUAUGGAUCCAAUUCUGGUUUGUAGAUGAAGCAUACUUUCACUGCUCUAUAGCGAUGUCUAUUGCUGCUAAAAACCUAUUAACUGCAAACUCCGAGGAUUCCACGGAAGGAUUGAGCCACCUAUCAGACAGCCUCCGCCUAGUCAAUCAGAGACUAUCCGGGGGGGAGGCGUUGUCAGACAUGACAAUGGCUUCGGUAGUUGCUAUGCUCCAAUACGAGCGGAUGUGUGGUCAGUAUAACCAAGGCCUGAUCCAUUUCAGAGGGCUUCAGCAGAUGGUUGAGCUCCGCGGCGGAAUCUCCCAGCUUAUGAAAGAUAAACCAGAGCUUACUCAAAAGAUAUUCAGAGCCGAUCUUGAGUUUGCUAUUUAUUUAGGAUUGCCUACACGGUUUAGCGUCGAUGAAGUGCCGGGUGUCGCCACCCUGAACUGGCUCCGUGAGAGACUUGGGACGUCUCAAAUACUUGGCCUACUCACAUCGCAGCCGUUCGUGCAGCUGAACCCUCGCAUGAAAGAAGUCUGGAUAGACAUUAUGAGCCUCACUUGGUUUCUUAACGAGAAUGUUGACGAUAUUAUUAAGAUGGAUGGACCCAACUGA